CACACAGCGCUAUUUUGGGGCUCUUGUCACAUUGGUUUGGUCUUCAGAUUCCUAGCGCUGCUGGGCUCGGUCACGCUGCUAGGACUCACCACUCACUUUAUCGACACAAAUGAACACCAAGAAGGAGCCUUGAAACCGAGUCAAUUAAAAAAAAGUUUCAUAGUUCGUCUCGUCAUUAGCGUUUCUGCUUUGACAUACCUUUGGAAGUUAUCGAGUGUAAAUACUUGGGUGUUUUCGAGACACACGACGCUUCUGAAACUCUGCGUGCGUAGGAGACGUUGGAAGACGAAAUGGGGGAGAAUGAUAUUCAAAUGGAGAGUACAGAGCAAAUGCAGGAGCCUCACGCUUCAAGCUCGGACAAAAUCGACUUGUCAUUAGACGACAUUAUAAAGCUGAAUAAGAAGGAACAGAAGGCAAACAGAGCUGCCAACAGAGCUAAAACUAAACGUGCUGUUAACAGGAACAACGUCUUGAAGAAACUCGACCAGGUUCCACCGCAGCAGAGAGGACUCCGACGAGGAGCGCAGCAGUACCAAGGGCCUGGCAGGGUGAGAGGUUUAAGGAGACAAAGAGGAUCCGAAAGGGGCAUGAUGUCGAGAAGGGAUUCACUAAAUGCUGCUUCCACGACUAGUGAACAGUCUGAUCAGACCACAUUCACAUCGAGGGGCACAUUCAGAGGACGUGGAAGAGGUAGAGGAAGAGGAGGCGGACUGAGCAGGGGUGCAUUUUCAGCUAGAGGACAAAGGGGUGGAAGACCAUUUGUAUCAGACAGAGGGUUUUCCGCUACAAAAAGGGCUGAGAAACUACAAAAGUAUCAGACAAUAAGAAAUCGAAGAACAGCACCAUCUGGCUCUACGCUCACAGUUUCCCUGCCAAAUGCAAAAUCUGCACCUGUCGCUGUGAAGACAUCUAAUCAGACUAGGAGGGGUGGGGCAGUGUUAAGAGGCAGAUCAUCUAGAGCCAGUGCUUCUUCACUUCAGGGGAUUCCUCUGCAAUUUAACUACAAAGCAACUACUAACCAGACUGCCGUAUACCUUAAUGACCGUUUCACUGACCUGAGGUUAAGAGGGCAAGGACGAGGCCGGGGAAGAGGUGGUGGAAGAGGAAGAGGAGCUGUUGGAGGAGGUGGAAGAGGUGGAGGAAGAGGAAACAUUGUUGGGGGUGGACGAGGUAGAGGACAAGGAAACAUAGGAGGUGAAAGAGGAAGAGGAAGAGGAAACUUUAUGGAGGGUGGCAGAGGAAGAGGAAACAUGGGGGGUGGCAGAGGAAGAGGAAGAGGAAACAUUAUGGGGGGUGGCAGAGGAAGAGGAAGAGGAAACAUUAUGGGGGGUGGCAGAGGAAGAGGAAACAUUAUGGAGGGUGGCAGAGGAAGAGAAAACAUUAUGGGGGGUGGCAGAGGCAGAGGAAGAGGUGGGGUUGGUGUGGCAAGAGGAGGAAGAGGCUUGAGAAGAGGGAGGGGAGGAUCAAGAGGAGCCGAUCGAACAGUAACUCUUCAGUGAUUAGAAUUACAACCAUACAGUUUUAUGAAGUAAUAGUGUUUACUGGAAAAUGCAUAAUUUUUGGCACAAUUUUUCCAUUUUGUUUCAUCACUGUUAACUGUAAUGUUGUCAUUCAACUAAAUAUUUGUAACAUUUCUGGCUGUGGGAUAAGGGGGUUUUAUUGCAGUGUAUGCACACAAAAAAAAUUCCUUUUUAAAAGAAAAUGUAAAUUAUUGAUUGUUAUAUGAUUUUAAUAAUUUUUAGGGAAAAAAUUUAAAAGUACCUCAUACAGUGUAAAUACUGUACUGACAUUAGAAGGUAAACUCAGUGAUAACAACGGAAUCCUAUACUUUAAACAAAAAGUAAAAAAAAA